AUGCGCAGCGCUCUGCUGGAUGAGUUCCGUGUCAACGGCAACAAGUCCAACAAGCGCUACGAGCUCAGGGACAUCUACAAUCACGCCGUGGAGUUCAGUGGAGAUCAGCAUGGUUCCAGGUUUAUCCAGCAGAAGCUGGAGUCUGCCAACAGCGACGAAAAGGAGCAGGUCUUCCGUGAGAUUGAGCCCAAUGCCCUCCAACUCAUGAAAGACGUCUUUGGAAACUACGUGGUGCAGAAGUUUUUCGAGUACGGAAGCCAGCUUCAGAAAAAGAUCUUGGCGGAAAAGAUGAAGGGCAAAGUAGUUGAUCUUUCCGUCCAAGUUUACGCCUGCCGUGUCGUCCAGAAGGCCCUUGAGCACAUCUUGGUCGAACAGCAAGCCGAGCUGACCCGGGAACUGGAACCUGAGAUCUUGCGAGUAAUCAAGGAUCAGAACGGCAACCAUGUUGUCCAGAAGAUUAUUGAGCUCGUCCCGAGACAGUACAUUGACUUUAUCAUGAACGCUGUGCGUGGCCAAGUGACACCCCUGGCCUCCCAUGCAUACGGCUGCCGAGUCAUCCAACGACUACUGGAGCAUGGAACCGAAGCCGACAAAGCAGAGAUCAUGGGUGAGCUACACGCUUCUGCUCAGAUCCUGAUUACCGACCAAUACGGUAACUAUGUCGCUCAGCACGUCAUCCAGAACGGCGAGCCGGAGGAUCGCGAGAGAAUCAUUCAGCUAGUCAUGGGCCAGCUCCUCACCCUUUCUAAGCAUAAAUUCGCAUCCAAUGUUGUAGAGAAAUGCAUCGAGUACGGCACACCAGCGCAACGCACAACCAUUCGAGAGCAGCUCACGACUACUGGGGCCGAUGGAAACAACCCGCUGCAGCAGAUGAUGAGAGACCAGUUUGGAAAUUAUGUCAUCCGUAAGUCUUUGGUCCGCAACUGA